CGGCUACGUGAGCGACGCUUUAAGAUCUUUAAAACGCUAUUUUAUUCAUUCUCGCGUCUCGUUCUUGUGGUUUAGUUUUAUUUGUAUCUCUGUUAUAGUCUCGUCGGUACUGCGUGUGUCUAUCGUUAACCAGUAACAUUUCCGUUUCGUAUUCGUGAAGGAUCUGACCGGUGAUUUUUUUUUUUUAACCAUGUUUCCAGAGAGCAGCACUGGGUACAGCUAUGAGGACUGCCAGGCCACAGCUGACUGGCUUCUGUCCCAGACUGCAGUGCGUCCUCUGGUGGGCAUCGUGUGCGGUUCAGGUAUGGGCGGGCUGGCUGAUGCCUUGAAAGACCAGGUGGCCUUCAAUUACAAGGACAUUCCCAACUUCCCCCAAAGCACAGUGCACGGUCACGCUGGGAGGCUGGUGUUUGGCACUUUGAAGGGCAGACCUUGCGUCUGCAUGCAGGGACGGUUUCAUCUCUAUGAGGGAUAUGCCAUCCAAAAGAUCACGAUGCCUAUGCGGAUAUUCAAACUGCUGGGUGUGGAGACGGUGAUUCUCACCAACGCUGCUGGCGGUCUGAACCAGGACUAUAAAGUGGGCGACAUCAUGAUCAUUAAAGAUCAUCUCAACAUGCCCGGAUUUGCUGGAAACAACCCUCUGGCUGGACCCAACGACGAAAGGUUUGGCGUGCGUUUCCCCUGCAUGUCCGACGCGUACGACCGAGAACUCCAGCAGCUGGCGCUCGACGUGGGUUCGGAGCUCGGUUACAACGACUUCCUGCGAGAGGGCGUGUACUGCGUUCUAGGAGGGCCAUCGUUCGAGACGAUCGCCGAGUGCCGCAUGCUGCACAAACUGGGAGCUGAUGCUGUCGGCAUGAGUACGGUUCACGAGGUGAUCGUGGCAAGGCACUGCGGGAUGCGCGUCUUCGCUCUGUCUUUGAUCACUAAUAAGGCAGUGAUGGACUACGACAGCGAGGAGAAGGCCAAUCACGAGGAGGUCCUGCAGACGGGCAAGCAGAGGGCGGAGCAGCUGGAGAGACUGGUGUCCACCAUAAUCACCCGGAUAGAGCACAACAACAACUUCGCUUAAGACUGUUCUCAGAUCAGGCUCGGGCCAAAGAACGCCGAUUCAUCUGUGAACAAACGUUAUGGUUAUGGUUGCAAAAAUUGUUUUAAACAGGUCAAAUCAACGUUAGCUCUCACUUAUUUAUACUUAAUGAAUCCUUCUUUUUUUUUUUCUCAAUCUUUCAUUUUUGGUGAUAUUUUGCCCUUAUGUGUAUAAACACGGUCAACAGGAAAGUGCUUUUUUCCCCUCUUUUAAAAAAGGGGAAAAAAUGCUAAUAAUCUUUACAUUCCUCUGAAUGCUAAAACUAAUGUUUCUUAUUUCUAAGUUAAUGUUUACCAUUUGUUACUAUGUCUUAAUUUAAAAGUUGAAUUCUUUGUAAAACUUUGAUUUUUGUCAGUAGAUGUACAGUAAAUGUCUAUCUUGUGUGUUUUUUAACAUUUAUUAGUAAAACUGGCUAUUUAUUACA